AUGGCUUCUGGACGGAAGAUUAAUUUUGCCGCUGGUCCGGCCAAAUUGCCAGAGGAAGUGCUCCUCAAAAUGCAAGAGGAGCAGCUGAAUUUCAACAAUCUCGGCGUCAGUGUCAUUGGUAAUCAAUUUGCGAUACGCACCUUUCCGGAAAUGUGUUUUUUUUUAGAAAUGUCGCACAGAUCGAAAGAAUUUGGAGCUCUGCUCAACGAGACGAUCAGUUUGAUCCGCGAAAUCAUGUACGCUUCCUUCUCAUUAUCCUUCUUCGCAUUUUCGCAUUUUUGCAGGAACGUGCCCGACAACUUUGAGAUUCUGUUCAUGCAAGGCGGAGGAACCGGUCAAUUCGCCGCGAUUCCCCUCAAUCUCAAGGUGAUCUCUGCUUCUGGGCGCAACCCGUCCGGGCUACUCAUCCAAUUGCCACGUGAUCAUCAUAAAACUUCUAUUUUUAGGGAAACCACGAGCACGCGGACUACAUCGUGACCGGUGCGUGGUCGUCGAAAGCGGCGGAAGAGGCCGGAAAGUACAUCAACGUGAAGAAGGUGUUCACGCCGAGCAAGCCGUACGUGACGGUGCCCGAUCAGGAAAAGUGGGUCCACGAUGAGAAGGCCGCCUACCUGUAUUACUGUGCGAAUGAAACCGUGCACGGAAUCGAGUUCACUCCGAAAGCGCCGGAGUCUCACAACGUGCCGCUCGUGGCCGAUGUUUCGUCGAAUUUCAUGGCGCGCCCAUUCGAUUUCAAGGAUGUGAGUGAGGCAUUUCCUAGGCAACGAGAGAGGGGAAAAGACGGAAGAAAAUGACUUCGUUCGUUCAUCUUUAUUUUCAGCACGGCGUCGUUUUCGGAGGUGCUCAGAAGAAUCUCGGAGCCGCCGGUCUGACCAUCGUUAUCGUUAGGAAGGAUCUCAUUGGAAAGGUGUGCUUUUAAUUCAGGAAAAUAGUUUGUAAUCUAGUUAGGAGAUUUUGUAAUCCAAACCGACUUCCAAUACUAGAUGGAAAUGAAAUCUAAACUAAAUCUAGCUAGAUUUGACCGAAAGGUUAAGCUAAUUAGAUGAAUUUUGAAUCUAAUAUCAGUGUUGCAAUCUAAUUAGAAAAUUUAUCAGUCUAGUUAGAAGACCUUGCAAUCUAAUCGAAUCUUACUAGGUUCAAUUAGAAACGCGCACUAGCUAGCUAGAUUAGAAACGAUUUGCCUGAGAAGAAUGAACACAUCUCAUGCGGCCUUUUUCAGCAACAAGCCGUCACACCGGCUGUUUUCAGUUAUCAAGAGAUGAUUGCCAACAACAGUCUGUACAACACUCCACCCACUGGAGGGUAAUACUCAAAACAAAGCAUAUUCUGAUUGGUUCCCAUUAACUUUCUUCAGAAUUUACACCACUAAUCUCGUGCUCAAGUGGAUCAAGGCAAAGGGCGGUCUUCAGGCGAUCUACGAGCUGAACCUGAAGAAGAGCGGUCUCAUCUACGAAAUCAUCGACGAUUCCAACGGAUUCUAUCACUGCGCCGUCGACAAACGCUAUCGGAGCAUCAUGAAUGUGUGCUUCCGAAUCGGAGGAGCUGCCGGAAACGAGCAACUCGAGGAGCAGUUCCUCAAGGGAGCCGCUGAGAGGAACAUGAUCAGUCUGAAAGGCCACAGAUCUGUGGGAGGAAUCCGCGCGUCGCUGUACAACGCCAUUACUGUGGAGGAGACCGAGGUGCUCGCCAAGUGGAUGAGCGAGUUCCAGAGGCUUCAUGCCACCGCCUAA